AUGAAAUCGCUUGACGUUCUAAAUACAAAUGUUGAUCAAACGGUCAUUGAUAAUGGUGGUAUGACACUUGAUAAAAUGGUCGACGGGACGCACGAACAAUUGUUUGAACUUUUUCAGCCAGCGGCAAAAAUGGUUGCAGAUGCAAGUACACAAUUACUUCAUUCAUUUGAUGAUUUAAACAAAUCGAGUGAAGCAUAUAUCAAAGCUCUGCAAAAAUUGGCUGAAUCUGGUAGAAAAUGUAAUGUACUUUCAAAACAACGAAUAUAUGAAAUAAAUGAAAUCGUUAAUAUGAUGAAGAAAUUACUUGAAAUUCAAAACGAUAAUACGCAAAAAUUCAGUGACUAUGUGACGAAAGUGAACCAAUAUAGCAAAGAAGAAAAGAAUAAACUGAAAGCAAUACGUGGCAGUUACAAGGAACGCGAAAAACUAACUAAGAAAAAAUUACGAAAACAAAAUGAAAGUAACCUAAAACUGCAAGCAUUUUAUGAUGAAGAACUUCAUGAAAUUGCUAGCCAUCAACAUCAACGAUAUAAGUUUUUCGUCGACAAAAAUAAGGAAUGGUUGAAUGGAUAUCUCAGUAUGUUAAUAUGUUUAAGGCAAUUACUUGAUAUAUCCGAUUAUAGAAAUGGUAUUGAACAUGAAACGAAAGAAAAAAGCAUAAUGAUCAAUGGGGAGGAAAUGGAAAAAAUAUCACAUGAGAAUGGUCAUCAACAGAACGGAGAAUUAAUGACAAAUGGAUCUAUAAUGAAAAAAGAAACAAUUGGAUUCAAGUAUACAAGACAAACUCCCAUAAAUUCUGAAAGAGCAAUACAAAACUCCGAUAAAUCUUUGAGAAAUAUCUGUGAACUGGUGUCACAGAAAGAUUCCGAGCCAGAUGAACUGGAACCUUUGGAUUCUGACUCCAAGGCGAAAUUAGCAACAUACACCUUUAUGAAAACCGUUAGCGAUAUAAAUACUCCAAAAUGUAUUAAUAAUUUUCGAAGUAGUGGGAUCGAAUGCGAAAUGAAUUCAGUUGGGACUCAGACAAAUGCAUAUUUUGGAGGAAAUGCAAUUUAUAAUGGGGAUAAAAUCACAAAUCUUAAUGGAACUUUACCGUCAUCCAUUCCGUCUGAUCGCAACAGUACCACUGCUGCUAAUGCAGAAAUAAUCACCAAUGAUUUUCAAAAUCGAACAUUUCAAACGAGGGAUUGCGGUAAAACAGUGGAAUGUGUUUACGGAUUUCAGCAACAAUCAUCGAAUCAAUUAAGUUUAUUGCCUGGUGAUCUUGCAGUGUUAAUUAAAUGCGAACAGGAUGGUUUCCAGCAAAAUACGUCAAAAUGCAUUCAACCUAAUAUCUCAUAUUUUUAUCAUUUAUCAGAUUUAAUGAUUAAAGAAGUUUUGAUAUUUGUAAUAUUGGUAAUGUGA